UGCACCUCGACGGUUCUAUUCCACACUAAUCCCCUCAAUUAUUCAUUUAUACUCACCCGAUCUCACCUGAAUGAACAGUAAGUGCAACGAAACCAAAACAAGGCUAAUGAAAAUUGAAAGGCUACUUCAUUGAUUGAUAAUAACAAAUACUUAAAUUUAGUUUUAAUUGAGACCAAAGUGUUCUGCAUAAUUUGCAUAUUAUUCCGAUGAUGUUGUGAAGAUAAACAACUUAUUACUUAUUCAUUAUUCAUGUGACAGCGAUGUUGAGUCAUUAAGGAAAAAUAGUGUGGGUGGAUUAGUUAACGGAGGGAUCUCAGAAAGAGGUCGAUUCUGCUCUACUGUGCAAACGCGUGAAGAGGAAUACUAAAGAAAAACCACCGUUAGUACAUGCCAGCAUGCCAGUUACGUGCCUCCUCAAAGUGCCUGAUAGUGCCUUCGAAAGUAUUUCCACGAUACACGAUAAGUUGUCCAGAUGCCUCGAGUGAUAAGAGGAACUGAUAUUUCUUGAAUGAUUAUGAUUGAUAUUGGAUUUAUCAUCGAGUGCGAAAAGUCCUGGUAUAUUAGAGCAAGACGGGAAUUGGAAAGGGGCCUCGGACGAUCCGUCUGACCGUUGUUCCGGCCCCAUCGAUGAAGCCGUCGACGCGUCGGGGGAAUCCUCGGGCACCGAGCCCCGUAGCACUUCGGCCAUUCACACCCCCCGAUUUAUCAUCGAUACCUCAUAUGGAUGGUACCCCUACACCAAAUCAUUCCAACAAUCAUAACGCAACCCCGAACGGGUCUGCCGAUACCCAGGACAAUGGUCCCUACAUAGUCGGUAGCCCGAUCGACCUUAGUAACAUCGACAAUGUUGAUAACAUUGGUAUUAGGAUUGGUUCCAUCGGCCGGGGGAGAAGAAGAACAAGAGAACAUAUCGAAUUACAGGAGUCGGAAACAUUGGAAUCAGAGGCACCAGUUGGAAGUAGAGCAGAGAAUGGAGGCUCCCAGGGUGACGACAGACGUCCCCCCGAUCAGGACGGUCAGGAGGAAAGAGUAGUAUUCAUAAAUGCCCCACAUCAGCCAGCCAAAUACAAAAACAAUCACAUUACAACGGCUAAGUACUCAUUACUCUCAUUCAUCCCUUCAUUCCUCUUCGAGCAGUUUCGGAGAUAUAGCAACUGUUUCUUCCUCUUCAUUGCACUGAUGCAGCAAAUCCCUGAUGUCUCACCCACUGGACGUUGGACGACAGUCGUUCCACUUAUCUUCAUCCUCAGUGUAUCGGCGCUCAAGGAAAUUGUUGAAGAUAUCAAAAGGCACAGAGCAGAUGACGAGAUAAAUAUGCGUGAGGUAGAAGUUUUGCGAGACGGUAAAUGGCAGUGGAUCCAGUGGAGAUCGGUGGCCGUAGGUGACGUCGUAAAAGUGCACAACAACAAUUUCUUCCCAGCAGAUUUGAUCCUCCUUUCGUCAUCCGAGCCCCAGGGAAUGUCCUUCAUAGAAACCGCCAACCUCGAUGGUGAGACGAACCUCAAGAUCCGCCAGGCGCACCCCGAGAUAGCAAUGCUGCUGGACACAGUGGAGCUCAUGAACUUCAAGGCGAACAUCCAGUGUGAGCCCCCGAACCGUCACCUCUACGAAUUCAUGGGUGUUCUUCGUGAAACAAACAAGCAGCAUGUUGCACUGGGCCCAGACCAACUCCUCCUGCGUGGUGCAAUUCUCAGAAACACGCGGUGGGCCUUUGGGGUGGUUGUCUACACAGGCCACGACACGAAACUCAUGCAGAACAACACGACAACAGCUCCACUGAAACGAUCUACUUUGGAUCGUCUCACGAACACCCAAGUGCUGAUGCUCUUUUUCAUCCUUCUACUGCUGUGCUUUGUGUCCGCCAUUUUUAACGUACUGUGGACGAAUGCCAAUGAAGGCGGCCUGUGGUACUUGGGCCUAGAGAACAUGACAGGAAUGACUAAGAACUUCGCCUUCAAUCUCCUCACAUUCAUCAUCCUCUUCAACAACCUGAUCCCAAUUUCCCUCCAAGUGACUCUCGAAGUCGUAAGGUUCAUUCAAGCAACCUUCAUCAACAUGGACAUUGAGAUGUACCACGCCGAGACAGACACUCCAGCAAUGGCCAGAACCAGCAAUCUGAACGAAGAGCUAGGAAUGGUGAAUUACGUAUUCACUGAUAAGACUGGAACAUUAACGAGGAAUGUCAUGGAGUUCAAGAGAUGUUCAGUGGCAGGACGAAUUUAUGAUUUACCCAGUCCUGCAGCUCCUGGAGGCUCUGGAGAACCCGACAGUGAUCUGAUUCGGGACAUUAUCGAGGGGAGAGGGGAUGCAAAUAAUCCCAGAUCGAAUGAUAAAAAAAAGUCCAACCAUGCCGAGAUCAUUCACGAGUUCAUGGUGAUGUUGUCCGUCUGUCAUACUGUGAUUCCUGAGCGAGUGAAUGGGCAUAUCAUCUAUCAUGCAGCCUCUCCAGAUGAAAGAGCUCUUGUGGAUGGGGCGCGCGUCUUUGGUUACAUCUUCGAUACGAGAACCCCGAGUUAUGUGGAGAUAGAAGCACUGGGGGAAAGAUAUCGCUAUGAGAUUCUCAAUGUCAUUGAGUUUACGUCUGCGAGGAAGAGAAUGUCGGUGAUAGUCAGGACACCUGAAGGGCAGAUUAAAAUAUUCUGUAAAGGCGCGGAUUCUGUCAUUUAUGAGAGAUUAGCUUCGAGGGCUGGGGAUGCUGGUGAUUUCGAUGGGGAUGAUGACUUCAGGCAAGCGACGUUGGAUCAUCUGGAGGCAUUUGCUACGGAGGGAUUGAGAACCUUAUGUUUUGCUUCUGCAGAUAUUCCUGAGAACAGGUACAACUGGUGGAGGGAGAUUUAUCAUAAAGCUGAAGUGACGAUGACGGAUAGAGAGGCGAAACUGGAGGAUGCUGCUUCGUUAAUUGAGUCGAAGCUCAAUCUGCUGGGGGCCACGGCUAUUGAGGAUCAUUUGCAGGAUCAGGUCCCUGAGACUCUACAAGCCCUCAUCGAAGCUGACAUCAACGUCUGGGUCUUGACAGGAGACAAACAGGAGACCGCCAUUAACAUCGGUUACUCCUGUAAAUUAAUUACCCAGUCUAUGCCAUUGAUAAUCGUAAACGAGAGUUCAUUGGACAAAACAAGGGACGUAAUCGUCCAGCACUGUUCGGACUUUGGGCCGGACCUGAGAUGUCAGAACGAUGUUGGACUGGUUAUCGAUGGAAAUAGCCUGAAGUAUGCACUCUCCUGCGAUUUGAGGAGCGAUUUUCUGGAUCUUUGCACAUCCUGCAAGGUCGUGAUAUGCUGUCGAGUCUCUCCGAUGCAGAAGGCAGAGGUGGUGGACCUUGUGACGAGCAAUACCAAAGCUGUCACGUUGGCUAUUGGCGAUGGAGCCAAUGACGUUGCAAUGAUUCAGAAGGCUCACAUUGGAGUGGGAAUUUCUGGGGUCGAGGGACUCCAAGCAGCCUGCGCUUCUGACUACUCCAUUGCCCAGUUCAGGUUCCUCAAGAGACUGCUCUUCGUCCAUGGCUCCUGGAAUUACAGCAGAAUGUGCAAACUCAUUUUGUAUUCUUUCUAUAAGAAUAUUUGUUUAUAUGUUAUCGAACUGUGGUUCGCCAUUUACUCCGGCUGGUCCGGUCAGAUUCUUUUCGAGAGGUGGAGCAUUGGACUUUACAAUGUCGUAUUCACAGCUGCACCACCUCUUGCUAUGGGACUAUUUGAUAAGGUGUGCUCGGCUGAAACGCAUCUUGCACAUCCGAGAUUAUAUGCUGCCAAGAACACAAACGAAUCUACAUUUAAUAUUAAGGUGUUUUGGGUUUGGAUUAUAAAUGCAUUAGUUCACUCGUCUCUACUGUACUGGUUUUCAUUAUUGGCACUGAAACAUGAUGUGAUUUGGUCGAAUGGACGAGAUGGAGGUUACAUAGUACUAGGAAAUUUUGUAUAUACUUAUGUGGUAGUUACUGUUUGUGGAAAGGCUGGCCUCAUAACAAAUUCAUGGACGUGGUUCACCCAUUUAGCCACUUGGGGAUCGAUAAUACUUUGGUUCUUGUUUAUAUUGAUAUAUAGUAAUUUUUGGCCAGCAUUGAAUGUUGGAGCUGUGAUGCUUGGUAAUGACAGAAUGCUCUUUUCAUCCCCUGUGUUCUGGUUGGGACUGGUUCUCAUUCCUUCAGCUGUUUUACUCGUCGACGUCACAGCAAAAGCUGUGAAGAAUACUAUGUUUAAAUCAUUAACAGAAGCAGCAAGGGAGCAAGAAAUCCGUAAAUCCGAUCCUGGUCAUUUAUUCACUAAUCAAGAUUACCGAAGCUCAUGGAUUUGCAUUCUCACAAGAGGAAGGAGGUUCAGUGACGCAGACCGACGUGAUAAGAGCAUACGACACGAAUCUUCCGAAACCGGGAGGCAUGUGAUUCUUCAACCAAAUCGUGAUUUCACGGUGUAUGUAAUAAACCAAGAGCUGAGUUUAAUUUUUGAUUCAGAGGAACUCGCAUUAUCUCAGGUCAUCCUCAUCAUAACAAAUAACCCAUUGGCAUUAUUUUUCUUGAUGACGAAAUCUACACGAAGACUUGGAAUUAGAACGAAAGAGCAGAACAAAAAGGACAAUCUGUCAUCAUGAACAAUUCAAUAUCUGCUGCGAGUAAACAAAACAAACUCUUUGUGAAGUGGACUAACUAAGUUUGGAAACGUAAUUAAAUUUCUUAAAUCUUUCACAUUAUUUCUGGAGACAUUGGAGAGGAAAGAGGAAAGAGAGUUUAAAGUGCUCUAUUUUUCUGUGCUCUUAUGGACGGUCGAACCUGCGAUGAGUUAUACUAAAUCUCUCAGCGAACCUCGAAAUCAGCCUCCAAAAAUAAUUUACGAAAGGUCAUUAUCUGUAACUCAUCACGAAUUCAUGACUUAUAACAGUAGAACUGAUGGUAAUUUAUACCGUCAUCAAAGUCAAUUGAUUAGAAAACUAAAUGACAUUGAACGGAAUGAACACUGAUAAAAAGUUUCAUUCAUAGUUAACGAUUCUGUUCAACGCUUGCACUCCUUGUUUCUUAUUAUUAGUAAUAUCCAUGUACUGAUAGGUGAAUACUUGAAUGAGAGGUGAAUAAUUCGUAUGCGAAUGGAGUUCUUAUUACAUCUAUUCAUGAUCUGUUGACUAUUGACAAACGGUGCAUUUGAAAAAACUCUCUUCUGUAAACUCGUCGACUAUUAACAAAUAGUCCAUGCUGUCCAUGCUUUUUUGAAAUUGUUUAAACUUGUCUCCAGGAGUGAGACGGUGGAAGCCACAUUUGUAUGGGGCAUUUCCAAAUAUCGGCGAUCUUCGGGAGACAUUGCGAAGUUCACACUUCGCGUUAAAUCGCGAUGUUAACAUUUUUGUGGGUAGCUGUAAAUAAGUUGAAGUUGAAUUGACUGUCAUAUUCAACUGUCCAUUCUUAAUAGUUAACAACACGUACGAAAACAAUUCACAGAAAAACGUAGAAUAUCCGCCAGAAACUUGUAUUUAAUUUUUUUUAGCAUAGAGACCUUGCAUAGAUUUUUUUUCAUAUUUAAUCUCAAGUUUCGGUCUUAGAUGAUUACUUUUUUAUCUUUUUUAACUGAUUGUCAAAAGUUGAAGAUUUCAAACUGCUCAAUAGAGAAUAUUUUAUGAAAAAAAUCAGUAGAUUUUGAUCUUUUUAGAUAACUUAUUUUGUUGAGAUUGCUUCUAUAGAAAUUCCCAGGCUUCAAUUUUCUGUUUUUCUUUACUUGCAGAACUGCGCGCGAGAAUAAGUUGAUUUUUCCUAAUAGAUAUUUUGUAUUAAAAGUUUCCAUUGAAAAAAAAGCGCUGUGAAUCUGCAGAAUUAUUCAAUAGAAUCGGCGAAAAACUAAUGGACUUUGCUAUAGAACUCGAAUUGAAUUUUCAAACGGAUGAGCUACAAUUUUCUAUUAUUUUUGUAAUAUGUGAAACAUUAACAAUGAAUGAAUCUUUCUUCGGGUGCACCAAAGCACAAUAAGCGCCGAAAUAUUCACAGUAACGUUCCCUCAACUCAAAACAACAAUAUUUAAUUGAUGGCCUGUACCGAGUCCUCUAAUCAACUAAAUCCGAAAAAAAUUCACCACCGAAAGUAGCCGAAUCUCAAUUGCCGAUGACAGUUAACCAAAAUCUUUCACAGAACUAAUUAAAUUCAAGGGUGAGAUAAAUGGACAACCAAACGAUUGAAAUUAUUUUUCUAGUCUAUUAAAUAUGCAUUGUCAUGCAAAAAUUAAACUUGAUACUUAUACCUAAAGCAUUUUGUCCUACAUGCAUUUUUAAAAUUCUAAAACUCUUUAUUCUAAAUAUAAAAAUUGCACUGUCAUCGCGCCAAAGAGACGGCAUCGUAAUAGAGAACAAUAAUUUAGUUAGUUCAAUGUACCAAAGUAACAAAAAAAUUAAUUAUUGUCAAGAGAGUUUUGAGAGAUUCAAUGUGAAUAAGGAGAUAACAAGAAUGAAAAAACAAAUUAGAAAAAAAAGAUAGCGCAGCAAGUACCUUGGGCAUUGGAUUGCAAUUAGCCCUGAAAAAACUCGUAUUUUAUAUAUUUUGAGAUAAAUGUGCGAGGAAUUGUGCUAAUAACAAAUUCAUCCUAUCGUUACACAAAGCAAACUAAAAGAAGUAACAAUUAUACAAGAAGAAUAAGAGACUGUUUCAUUACUAUGUCUUAAUCGUUCAAUUUUUAAUUGUUAUAUGUGAAAUGUACAUAAUUUAGUUUCUUUUCAUCUAGUCGAACGCUCUUGAAUACUUCAUUCGCCCAACCAAUCCUCUGUAACGUUUUUCCUCUCCAGAAAUCAUUGUUUGAUUAUAUUUUUAUUAAUAAUAAUUAUCAUAGAAAUUUAUUGAGCGAAUAGUCGGUGUAUAAAUCAUGUUCUAAACAAGAGAAAGAGUAUAAAAAGAGAUAAAUAGAUGUGUACAAGGUUUACCAUGAA